GAAAGUGCGACCAAUGUAGAAAAUAGUGUGCAAAGUAAACGAUGUCAGGAAAUAGGGUCGUCAAAAGUUAAAGAAAGUCGGGACUCGCCAAACGCUAUUGAAAGUGUUGACUUAACGGAAGACGCUACUGCUUCGCCGAAUUCUUUAUCUAACGAUAAUUCCUUGCAUUUAUCCUUACAACCAAAUUCCUCACCGUCAAGAGCCUUUGUCGAACCACGUUCAACUCCUUCAUGGGAUGCGAUGUCACGAUCAAACAUUUCAUCAAAUCUUUGUUGUCAGUCGGUGAACCAGAAAAGUGGUGACGUGCAAACCGAUGGAAACGAACAAACAAUGAUGGAAGUCGAUGAAAUUGAAGACGGGAAUAUUGAAAAGGUUAUUAUGGCGGUUAACCAUCGCAAACGCAGAUUAGGAUGUGCCUAUUAUAAUUGCUUCACCUCAACUUUAUAUCUCAUGGAAGACAUGGAAGAGUCUCCGCCAUAUGAUAUUGUUAAUUUACAUGAUACAAGUACGGUUCAACUCGAAGUUGAAAUUCGUCCGGGUUCAGAAUUUGUCUAUGCCUCCGCAAAAACAAGACUUUGUUCCAUUCGUUUAGGAAGUCGGCAGUCAGAAACAAGCAAACAAGAGACCUAUCUACAGUUAUCAAGUAUUGUAAACAUGGAGAGCGUCGAGACAGUCUGUUGUGCCGGAGCGUUAAUUAACUAUAUUUCAAGGGUAAAAGCAGGAGCAAGUGAACUGCAAGACAGUCAACAGUUGAUGGAAGUGUUGGGCGUAGAGCAAUUUUCUUUAUUUCGUACCAUAGAAUGUUUCCUCCAACCAGAUAAUUUGGAUAUCUCGAACCAAUUGAUAUCCAGUCUAAAGCAUGUAAAAAAUAUUCCCAAGAUCAUUGAAAAAAUAAAGGGAAAAUUGAACGUGAAAGAUUGGCAAUCUUUGUUGCAGUUCGCGUUUUAUUGUCUGAAAAUCCUGAAUCUCAUCAAAGAACUACGGUUUAGAGAUGAUAUCGAAAUAUUUUCCAGGAUAAAGGACACAUUUAUUGUUACCGAUUUAAAAGACAUUGGGUCCUAUAUAAAUGAUGUGAUUGAUUUUGACGAAAGUGUCAAAGAAAAUCGAAUAGUGGUCAAACCUCAUGUUGAUGAAGAGCUGGACCACAUGAAACGAACAUACGAUGGACUAGACGAUUUCUUGUCGGAAGUCGCCCGUGAAAUCAGCACGAUAAUUCCUAGCGAAUUUGCGUCCACUUUAAAUGUAAUCUACUUCCCUCAAUUAGGAUACCUUAUCACCGUCCCAUUAAAACCCGAAUGGACAGUUGAACAAGACUUUCAGAUUGAUGAUCGCGAAUUGGAGAUUGUGCAGAAACUACAAGAUCGCGCUUUAGAAUACGUCUCCCUGUUACUUACCGCCAGUGCUGUCUGUUCCGAACUCGACUGGUGA